AUUUCCAGCCUGGGGUCAGAGUGAGAACGGGGGGUGGGGGGGAGGAUUUAGGAGGGCCCCGUGGGGCUUGGGGAGAAGGGAAAGGGUUUGGGGCAACCUCAAGAUCAAAGCCGCAGACUGGGGAGCCCGUUGUCUUGUUGCAAAGGGUGCACUGGCCCUACAGGCAGACCAGCAGAAGUCUGAGUCCUGACCCUUCUGCCAACGAGCUCAGUGAUCUGCUAAGGAGCUCACCAGCUCAUCUGAGCCUUAGUUUCUUCAUCGGAAAAAUGGGAGUGCCACCACCUGUGGUGCAGUCGGCUCAAAAUAGGAAGUGGGGGACAGUCAUAUACAUGCUGGAGUCACAUUAUCAGAAACCUGGCACAACAGCCAAAAAUCCCUAAAAACCAGAUGGCCACCUUGUUGGCCUCUCUUGAAGAAUGGAAGAAGGGGAAGCCGAUUCGUCACUCCCAGCUGUUCUCAAAAGUCCCGCUGCCAAGUUCGGUCACAACCCACAGUUGCCCAAGAACUUCUCGAAAGCCGACUGCCUUGAGAAACCUCACUGCUUUCCUCUCACCUACUGUCACCAUCGCCCAUUCCCUGCCACGUUGGCUAAUUCAGACUUUCCAGUUAGGUCCUCCCAGCUUCCCCUCCACGUUUCAGGUUUGACCUUUCUCCACCUAUUCUUAGAAGCAGAAACACGUGGUUAAUACAUCAGCAAGGGGAUACAAGUUCCUGGUCCAUGGUGGGCGCUGCACAAAUUCCACUUCCUUCCCUGCCCUCCCUUCCCAUCUGCUCAAUACUAGAAUUUGCUCUCUGAGAAGACGACGUUCUGGUCACCCUUGGAAUUAGGCCAGGGCGAGGCACUCAUUUCCCCACUAAUCCACUUUGUCCCCAGUGUGAAGCCAGCAUUUCCGGAGGAAGGGGGGAUGGCAAGAACUGUCUCAGGGAGAGGGUAAGUGUUUGGGCUUUCUGUCUCAAGAAUGAGGUCCAGGAUCACUCACCCAUUCAAUUGUUUAUUCAGCAAACAUUUGCCAAGCACCCGUCAAUGCAUCCAGUAUAGAGCAAUUGUUGGGGUGCAAACAAGAAACGACAUCGUCCUUAUUUUGGGGAUCUCUAGUCUAGGGUGCCCAAAAGGUUUUAGGACAGGGGCCCCUGAAAGGAGCUGAAGACAGCCCUGAACCUGGUGAGGCCUGGCCUGGGCUCCCUGGCAACCAACGGGAGCCCUGCCAUCCUGUCCGAGCCCAGCUGCCGACAUUAACCUACUUCGUGACCAAUUGACCGAGAGAUGUGGCUGUCAACAGGCCAACAGAGUUCAGACAACUCUGCAGCCAGGGCCUCCAGAAUCUAGGCAGCCUUCCACACAGCCCUGGACCUCACUGUCCUCUCAGGGCCCUGACAACCAGUCAGUCAUCCACUCAAUUACUGAGCCCCUACUAUGGAAGCAACAAGCAGUGGACAAAGCAGGCAGAAAUCUUGGGCCUCGCUGACCAAUAUUCUAGCAGAGGGGCCAGCAAAUCUGAUAUCACAGGUUCAUGAGCGCUAGGAAUAAACACAAUGCGAGAUCAAGACGGACUGGAACAGGGGAGGGGCCCGUUUGGAGAAGGUUCGAGGAAGGCCCUCGGCUAAGGUGACACUGGGCAGAGACCUAAACCGCCAGAGGCGUGGGGCCAAGCAGGGGUCUUGAAGAUCCAGCAUCUCUCUCCCUUCACGCCCUGCUUUCCUCCUCUUCCAAACGCUUGUUAUGGGAGGUGAAAUGGCCCUCCUUUUGGUUUUUCCUCAGUUCUGCCAAUUUCCCAAAGAUAAAAUACUAAACAACAGAUGGCAAGUUCCUCCACAUCCCAAGGGAGGCCCUGGACGACAUAUGUAGGACGGGGAAGGGAGGCAAACAAGAAUCAGUUCAGCGGCUGAAGUGGAAAAAGGGGACCCAAUCAUUUCUUUGGAGGCAAUGGUUGAUAUGCUGAGAAUCCCACGCUGCCUCCACCGGAAGCCUGGUGAGAAGCACUUCCAGGAAACCACUAACGAAGCUUGUUCUAGGUGACUUAGAAUUUGGGACAAUGUGGCGGCCUGAUGACCAACACACACACACACACCCAAAAAUGGAGAUGUCUGAAGUCCAGAGAGAGGCUGUGUUGUCUGAGGCAGAGACAGGCAGACAGAGAGACACAGGCAUAGUCAGAGACAGAGAGAUAGAAUCACAAAGACAGCCUGUGGCCAUUUUAAAUCUCACUUAGAAGGUCUUCCUAGAAGGGCAGGGUGACCCCGGCAGGGAAGUAAACAGCUAAAUUCUCAGAGGCUGAGAAGAAAUCUAAGUGGCCAGCUGGAGACUCGCACCAUCUGUGCCUUAGUGAGAGCUGCCCAGGGUCCCUCCAGGUGCCCCAGAGAGAGCACCACCAAAUGGGACCCGUCCCUUGUCUGUCCUCCUCCCCACUCCUGCCAGCACCAGAAGGAAAGGUCAGAAACUACUGUCAUUGAGUCAGAGGGGAGAGGAGAGGGAAAACCUUCUCCUCGCAAAACGUGCCCACAGCCCGUCACAGAGGCGACACCUCGAAAUGAUGUGUCACCAUCAUAUCAGUCACCAAAUGGACGUGGUGUGGGCCACCAAAGUUUGUUAUCUAUGAGGGAGCAUAUAAGGCCUGGGCCUGCCCAUGGACUCAUCCAGGAGGAAAGAAGACAGCGCCCAGAGCAGGUCUGAGGAGGCUGGGGUGGAGUGGGGUGGGAUUGAGCAGGGUUCUGGUCGUACCCCAACAAGCCUGCUCCUUUAAGGGACUAGCUACACACUCCUCACGUUGCCUAGGAAAAAGCCCUCGGUGCUGCCCCGUCCCCUUCCUGUGUUUGCAUCAUCUGUUUGGACCCUCACCUCCUGGCCUCAGCUCCUGCUCGAGAUGCCCCAUUAGCUGCUCGCCCAGGCUGCUCGUGCCUCAGGCUAAUGGCCCUGCCACCCCGCCCUCGUCUCCCUUCCGGCUCACUGCCCAUCCUGGACACCCUCCGUCAGCCCAGCCAGGGGGACUCCUGCACCUCAGAGACAUCUGGCAGCUCUGAGAGUCUCAGAAAUCAGGAGGCCUUUCCUCUGACGGGACGUGCACACUUCCGUUGUGUUUUAAGAGAGGCUAUGGUGGAAAGAAAGCAGAGGACUGAGGGCUAGCGGUCCUCACUUCGAACCCGGACUCACCGGCUCACUGGCACCACCUCCAUCGUGGGCCUUUCUGGUUGAGAUUGUUGGUAUCUCACUAGAUGGCUUCAAAUACCCUGAGCAGUCUGUGAUCCCAGAAGCCCCUGACCCCCAGCCCCACCCCACCACAAGCCGAUCCAAGGGUGGGGAGCAAGUGGCGCUCAGAAGCGUGGAGGCCAACCCUGGCCCCAUGGACCUGCCCCCGCAGCUCUCCUUUGCCCUCUACGCGGCCGCCUUUGCGCUGGGCUUCCCGCUCAAUGCCCUGGCCAUUAGGGGCGCCGUGUCCCACGCCCGGCUCCGCCUCACCCCCAGCCUUGUCUAUGCCCUCCACCUGGGCUGCUCUGACCUCCUGCUGGCAGCCUCUCUGCCCCUGAAGGCGGUGGAGGCCCUGGCCUCGGGCGCCUGGCCUCUGCCGGCCCCACUCUGUCCUGCCUUUGCCCUGGCCCACUUUGCUCCGCUCUAUGCCGGCGGGGGCUUCCUGGCUGCCCUGAGCGUAGGCCGCUACCUAGGGGCUGCCUUCCCCUUGGGCUACCAAGUGGCCCGGAGGCCACGCUAUUCCUGGGGGGUGUGCGCGGCCAUAUGGGCCCUUGUCCUCUGUCACCUGGGGCUGGUCUUUGGGUUGGAGGCUCCGGGAGGCUGGAUGGACAAUACCACCAGCUCUCUGGGCAUCAACACGCCAGUCAAUGGCUCUCCGGUCUGCCUGGAAGCCUGGGACCCAGCCUCAGCGGGCCCUGCUCGCCUCAGCCUCUCUCUCCUGCUCUUCUUCCUGCCCCUGAGCAUUACAGCCUUCUGCUACGUGGGCUGCCUUCGGGCACUGGUCCGCUCAGGCCUGAGCCACCGACGGAAGCUAAAGGCAGCCUGGGUGGCCGGUGGGGCUCUGCUCACACUGCUGCUCUGCUUAGGACCUUACAAUGCCUCCAACGUGGCUGGCUUCCUGCGCCCCGACAUGGGAGGCUGCUGGCGGAAACUGGGGCUCAUCACAGGGGCUUGGAGUGUGGUGCUCAACCCACUGGUGACUGGCUACUUGGGAGGGGGUACUGGGCGGGUGACAAGUGUGGCAAGAACGAAAGGAGGGACAUCCUAGAAGUAGGGGCCACCGCUGGGGA